GGCUGCACUGGCAGCCACACUGGAGGUGACCCCCCACUCCUGGCACUGCCACCCAUGGCUUGGCUGUGGAUCCUGGUCCUGCUGGCCCUGGCUGGGCCCGUGGGUGGCAACUGGGACAGCUGUGGAGGGACCUGCGGGCUCCGGCCCAUGGCUUCCGACCACAACUCCCUGCUGCCCGACUACGACACAGACGACAACUAUGGAGCUGUGGAUUCUUCUGGUGGCACCGUGCGUGGCAACGAUGUCGCACCCGGGACCUGGCCUGGCAUCGUCAGCAUCCAGGCCACCUGGGCAAAUGGCACGUGGCACAUGUGUGCAGGGGCCCUCAUCAACCCCAAGUGGGUCCUCACAGUCGCCCACUGCUUCUACGGGGCCAAGAAUAUCUCCAAAUGGGAGGUGGUGAUCGGGGCCACCGAUCUCAGCCAGCCGAGCCGUGGGACUCAGGUGCGGCACAUCCGGAGGCUCCUGGUGCACCAGCGCUACGUGGCGGCCACGGCAAAGAACAACAUCGCCCUGCUGGAGCUGGAUAAGCGUCUGGAAUGCAAUGACUACAUCCAGCUGGCCUGUGUGCCUGAUACCUCACUGGUGGUGUCAGACCUGAAAACCUGCUACAUCGCGGGAUGGGGUCCCACCACCAAAAAAGCUCUCAGACCACGCCUGGUGCUGCAGGAGGCCAAGGUGCGGCUCAUCGAUGUGCAGCUCUGCAACAGCAGCCGCUGGUACGGGGGGGCCGUGCACCCCCACGACCUGUGCGCUGGGUACCCGCGGGGCGGCAUCGACACCUGCCAGGGGGACAGCGGAGGUCCCCUGGUCUGCAAGGACAGCAAAGGCGACUACUUCUGGCUGGUGGGAAUGACCAGCUGGGGAAAAGGCUGUGCUGGGGCCAAACGAUUCGGAAUCUUCACCGCCAUUCAACACUUCCAUGACUGGAUCCUGAUCCAGAUGGGAUUGCUCCCGGCAGUAACAGCUGCUCCAUCUCUACGGCCAGACACCACCCGGACCACCAUCCAGGUGCCAACAGUAAGGGCCUCGGACUCGCUUGCGGUCAUUAAAUUCCCCAAAGCGACCCUGCGGGAAUUCCUUGACAAGCUGGAGGAGCUCUUGGAUUUCCUAAAGGAUGAAAUGGAUUGAUCAGAAGGAUGAGCAGAUCCUGCUCUGGCUGCAGUGGACCAAGACCAUUCCCUGUUGAGGCCAAGACUGUGGGGUCAAAGGCAGCCCUGGUGCCCAGGGCUGCUCUGUCCUGCCCACACUCCUCCCCUGAGCCCACCCCGAUGGUGAAGUUUAGUGUCUUAUUGAAAUAAAGUUGUUUGUGUUCCUCAUUAA